CCAAAGCAACCACGGACUGAUCCGGCCAUCAUACUUCUUUCAAUUCCCGCGCAUGGAGAAUUAGGGUUUAAGGGUCAGCUCUGACUCUGAGCUACUUCCUUCUUCACCGUGACCGACACUGCGAAGCUUCAAGCCCGGAGCUACCAUGGAGGACGAAAUGGAUGCGUCGCCCAGCUAUUUCGACCCAGAGGAUCUCACAAUUAGGGAGCAGUUUCGACGAUACGGGAGAGGGCAGUCGUCGAAUUCCAACAUAUCGCCCCAGAAACGUUCGGGGUCGAUGGCAAGGCAGGGUAGCUUGCUGUACGAUGGACCACACAUCCACAGCCCGACAAAUGCCGCGCUUCUUCUUGAAGACAUUAAGCAGGAAGCCUUGGGCUUCGAUGCUGAUUACGCAGAGCGAACGCCUGCGAGGACCCAGUCUUCUUCCAAGAGAAGAUACUCCAUCGAGGGUCAUGGGAAGUUGGAGGCCGAGACGGGUUUUGUUUCGGUCCGAAGAGCUGGAAGUUAUUCGCUGAAGGCUUGUAAGCAGGAGGAUGAGUCGUCAUCGGACAGUGGAGAGAUGACAUUCUCUUUAUUUGCUUCUCUGCUGGAUUCUGCUAUUCAAGGGCUGAUGUCUAUACCUGAUCUAAUACUACGAUUUGAGUCAUCUUGUAGAAAUGUUUCAGAGUCAAUCAGGUAUGGUUCCAAUAUGAAGCAUCGCAUUGUGGAGGACAAGCUAAUGAGACAAAAGGCUCAAUUCUUGCUUGAUGAGGCUGCUUCGUGGUCUCUCCUGUGGUAUCUAUAUGGAAAAGGGAAUGAAGACAUUCCAAAAGAUAUAUAUUUGUAUCCAACUACAUCGCAUUUGGAGGCUUGUCAGUUUGUUUCAAAUGACCAUACGGCACAGUUGUGCCUCCGGGUUGUUCAGUGGUUAGAGGGACUAGCUUCCAAAGCACUUGAUUUGGAAAGCAAGGUGCGAGGAUCUCAUGUUGGAACCUAUCUUCCCAGCUCUGGAAUCUGGCAUCACACACAGAGGUUUCUUAAGAAGGGUCGUUCUGAUACAGACACUGUUCGUCACUUGGAUUUUGAUGCUCCAACACGUGAACAUGCGCAUCAGCUGCCUGAUGACAAAAAACAAGAUAAUUUGCUAUUGGAAGAUGUGUGGACUUUAUUAAGGGCUGGGAGACUCGAUGAGGCUUGUGACAUUUGUCGGUCUGCUGGACAGCCAUGGAGAGCGGCAACUCUUCGUCCAUUUGGAGGGUUGGAUCUAUUUCCUUCAUGUGAAGCCCUGGUAAAGAAUGGAAAAAAUCGGACUCUUCAAGCAAUUGAGUUGGAAAAUGGCAUUGGACACCAGUGGCGCCUCUGGAAAUGGGCAUCCUACUGCGCAUCAGAAAGGAUUGCUGAGAAAGAUGGUUGCAAAUACGAAGCUGCUGUAUAUGCAGCACAAUGUAGCAAUUUGAGGUGCUUGCUUCCAAUAUGUACAGACUGGGAGUCUGCUUGCUGGGCAAUGGCCAAGUCCUGGCUUGAUGUUCUGGUGGACAUGGAACUCGCUCGCUUGCAGCCUGGUGGAAUGGCUCAUUCAAAGAGUUAUGGAGAUGAUGUUGAUGGCAGUCCUGAACAAAUUGAGGGCACAUCUCAGUCUUCAUCGGGGCCUGAAAAUUGGCCGCUGCAAGUUCUUAACCAGCAGCCACGACAUCUUUCUGCUCUUCUUCAGAAACUUCAUUCAGGUGAUGCUGUCCACGAGGCCGUUAUGCGAGGAUGCAAAGAGCAGCAAAGGCAAAUUGAGAUGAAACUUAUGGAAGGGAAUAUACCACAGUUGCUGGAUCUUAUCUGGUCAUGGAUAGCACCUUCAGAAGAUGAUCAAAAUGUCUUCAGGCCACAUGGGGAUCCUCAGAUGAUUAGGUUUGGAGCUCAUUUAGUACUUGUGCUAAGAUAUCUGCUUGCUGAUGAAGUUAAGGAUGCCUUCAAGGAGAAGAUUAUGACAGUUGGUGAUUUCAUUCUUCACAUGUAUGCGAUGUUUCUGUUCUCAAAACAGCAUGAGGAAUUGGUUGGGAUUUAUGCUUCUCAGCUUGCUCGUCACCGAUGCAUUGAACUCUUUGCCCACAUGAUGGAACUUAGGGUGAACAGCAGUGUACAUGUCAAGUAUAAGAUCUUCCUUUCUGCUAUAGAGUACUUGCCAUUUUCUCCUAGCGAUGAUUCAAAGGGAAGUUUCGAAGAAAUAAUUGAGAGGGUUCUGUCAAGUUCAAGAGAAACCAAAGUUAGAAAGUAUGAUAAUACAUUGGACAUUGCUGAGCAGCAUCGCCUUCAAAGCCUUCAAAAGGCUAUGGUUAUUCAGUGGCUCUGCUUCACACCACCUUCCACCAUUGCAGACGUUAAGGUUAUUAGUGUCAAGCUGCUGCUUCGUGCUCUAAUGCAUAGCAAUAUACUGUUCAGGGAAUUCGCUUUGAUUUCCCUUUGGAGAGUGCCUGCAAUGCCCAUAGGUGCUCACAAGUUACUUAGCUUCCUUGCUGAACCUCUGAAGCAGCUGUCGGAGAAUCUUGAUGCUCUUGAAAAUUAUGAUAUCUCGGAGGAUUUAAGUGAAUUCCAAGACUGGAGUGAGUACUACUCCUGUGAUGCAACUUACCGUAAAUGGCUCAAAAUCGAACAAGAGAAUGCAGAAGUUUCUGCAGUAGAACUCUCACAGGAGGAGAAGGAAAAAGCUUCUGCUGCAGCUAGAGAAAACCUACAGUCAGCACGUUCAUUACUACUGAGGAAAGAAAAUCCCUGGUUGACUUCUCAUGAAGAAAACGUGUAUGAGGCAGUGGAACCUAUUUACCUUGAGUUGCACGCAUCUGCAUUGCUCUGCCUUCCAUCUGGUGAAUGUAUGUGUCCAGAUGCCACAAUUUGUGCUACGCUGAUGAGUGCACUUUACUCUUCAGUGAGUGAGGAAGUGGUGUUAGGUCGGCAAUUGAUGGUGAAUGUUGCUAUCUCAUCCAAGGAUAAGUACUGCAUUGAGGUUGUCCUAAGGUGCUUGGCCAUCGAAGGUGACGGGUUGGGACUCCAUGUACUUAAUGAUGGUGGCAUACUUGCUAGUAUGGUGGCAGCUGGCUUCAAGGGUGAGCUUGCUCGAUUUCAGAUUGGAGUCACCAUGGAAAUCUCCCGAUUAGAUGCUUGGUAUUCAAAUAAAGAUGGUUCUUUGGACGGCCCAGCAUCAUACAUCGUCCGGGGCCUGUGUCGUAGGUGUUGUCUACCAGAAGUCAUUCUGCGAUGCAUGCAGGUCUUGGUGUCUGUUGUGGAGUCUGGUGGCCUUCCCGAAAGCCAUGACGAUCUGAUUGAACUGAUCACUUCACCUGAAACAGGGCUACUUCAUCUGUUUAGUCAGCAACAGUUGCAGGAAUUUUUGUUCUUAGAGAGGGAAUACUCCAUAUGCAGCAUGGAGCAACGGCAAGUUGAUGAAUAGGCCUAUUGUAAAUUUAACCUGAUCGGCUCUUCUUCUUUUUUUAAACUUCGUAAAGCAUGAGGCGAGGAGCCAAAAAAGAGAAAAUGAAGGUCGUUUUGGAAGUCUAA